UCACCGCCCAAGCUCCCCAUCGAGACAGCUGGACCAACCCCCCAGUCCCACCUUUGCUAUCUCCCCCAUCGUUGCCUUUUCCACUCUGAAUUUCACUCGUGGAGGAUCAGAUUCGCCAUGGCUGAUUUUAUUGACCCCCGGAUGUCCUCCAUCAAGCCGCGGAUGCGCUACAAUACCAUCGGAGGCAUCAACGGACCGCUGGUUAUCCUGGACAAUAUCAAGUUCCCCCGAUACAACGAGAUCGUUUCGUUGACCCUUCCGGAUGGCACAGAGCGCAGUGGUCAAGUGCUGGAAGCCAGAGGAAGCCGAGCUGUUGUGCAGGUGUUUGAAGGCACUUCAGGUAUCGAUGUCAAGAAGGUAGCUCAGACUAGAGUCGAGUUCAGUGGCCACAGCUUAAAGCUCGGCGUUUCCGAGGACAUGUUGGGCCGAACAUUCGACGGCUCGGGACGAGCUAUCGACAAGGGUCCCAAGGUGUUGGCGGAGGAUUACUUGGAUAUCAACGGCCAGCCUAUCAACCCCUACUCGCGAGUGUACCCCGAGGAAAUAAUUUCGACUGGUAUCUCCGCUAUCGAUACGAUGAACUCUAUUGCCCGUGGACAGAAGAUCCCUAUCUUCUCGGCCGCUGGUCUGCCACACAACGAGAUCGCAGCAAGCAUAUGCAGGCAAGCUAGUCUGGCCAAACCCACGAAGGAUGUCCACGAUGGCCACGAGGAGAACUUCUCUAUCGUCUUCGCCGCCAUGGGUGUUAACAUGGAAACUGCACGUUUCUUUAAGCGCGACUUUGAGGAGAACGGCAGUAUGGAGCGUGUCACUCUGUUCCUGAACUUGGCAAACGACCCUACUAUUGAGCGUAUUAUCACUCCUCGUCUUGCCCUGACCACCGCCGAAUACUACGCCUACCAACUCGAGAAGCACGUCCUGGUUAUCAUGACUGACUUAUCAGCCUACUGUGAUGCCCUGCGUGAAGUUUCCGCUGCCAGAGAAGAAGUCCCCGGUCGUCGUGGUUACCCCGGUUACAUGUACACCGAUUUGUCCACCCUCUACGAGCGUGCCGGCCGGGUCGAGGGACGGAAUGGUUCUAUUACACAAAUCCCAAUUCUAACCAUGCCUAACGAUGAUAUUACGCAUCCUAUUCCUGAUCUGACCGGGUAUAUUACGGAAGGACAGAUCUUUAUUGAUCGUCAGCUCGACAAUCGUGGAAUCUACCCGCCGAUCAAUGUCCUACCCUCUCUCUCUCGUCUGAUGAAAUCCGCCAUUGGAGAGGGCCGCACACGUAAGGAUCACUCAGAUGUGUCUAACCAGCUGUACGCAAAGUACGCUAUUGGUCGUGACGCUGCCGCCAUGAAAGCAGUCGUCGGCGAAGAAGCCCUGUCCUCGGAAGAUAAGCUCUCCCUCGAAUUCCUUGAAAAAUUCGAGCGCACCUUCAUCAGCCAGUCUCCCUAUGAGUCACGCACCAUUGAGGAAUCCCUUGAUAUUGCCUGGAAUCUCCUCCGCAUCUACCCCAAGGAACUCCUCAACCGUGUUCCCAAGCGCACCCUGGACGAGUUCUACGCUCGUCACGCACGUAAGAUCCCCAACAAGGAUACCCGCGAUAACUCGCAUGAGAACCUGAUCGAUGCGUGA